AUACAAAUAUCAGUAGAGUCGACUCCUGUUAUGUCCGCACCAGUAGUAUUCCAAUUGGGUCACGAACCUAUCAAAGACCAUGCCUUUUCCCCAGAUCGUCUGAUCUUGGCAAUUACAAAGGGAAACACGGUUGAGCUUUAUUACACUCAAUCAGGUAAACCUCAAUUGUUGACCACUUUAAAGGGUCACGAUAAGACAGUUACCUCGGUCGAUGUUCUGCCAGAUGGAUCAAAAAUCUUAACUUGUUCCCAAGAUCGUAAUGCCUUGGUUUGGGAAUAUAAUCAAUCCGAACAAGAAUACAAGCCUACAUUGGUUUUAUUACGUAUUAAUCGUGCAGCUACUGUUUGUAAAUGGUCUCCUCUGGGUGAUAAAUUUGCCAUUGGUUCAUCCGAUAGAAUCAUUGCCAUCUGUUACUAUGAACCAGAAAAUGAUUGGUGGAUUUCUAAACAUUUGAAGAAACCAUUGAAAUCUACCAUUACUUCUUUAACUUGGCAUCCAAACAAUGUCUUGUUGGGUUGCGGUUCCACCGAUGGUCAUGUUAGAGUGUUCUCUGCUUACAUCAAGGGUUUAGACUCCAAACCCGAACCAUCCGUAUGGGGUUCCAAGUUACCAUUCCAAACAUUAUGUGGAGAUUUCAUUAAUGAAACAGGUGCUUGGAUUCAUGACGUUUGUUUCUCCCCCAGUGGAGAUGCCUUGGGAUUUGUUUCUCAUGACUCUUCCAUUGGUGUGAUUUAUCCAGCUGGCGAAGAACAACCUCCAAAGCUGAUUUUCAACAUUAAAACUGAUUACUUACCAUUCAAGUCUUUAGUUUUCGUUGACGAAAACACUAUUGUUGUUGGUGGUCAUAAUUGUAAUCUUGUUGUUUUCCAAGGUGAUGAAUCUGGUUGGAAAGAAGCAUACACCGUAGAAAAGCAAAAGGAUUUGACCUCCAAUGAUUCUACAAUCAGAAAGGAUGAUGAAGAUGAAGAAAUCUCUUCUCAUGAUGCUUUGAAUAUGUUUAGACAAUUGGAUUUGAAGGGUAAGGUGAACAAACCUUCAGCCCAAGGUUCAAACAAGGCCUUAUCAACCAUUCAUCAAAACACCAUUUCAAACAUUAGAUUAUAUGCACCUGGUCAAGUCAGUACUUGUGGAAUUGAUGGUAAGGUUGUUAUUUUCCAUAUUUAAAUAAUGAAUUAGAAUAAAAGUAUUGAGAGAAAUAA